CGGGAGGGAUCAAAACUAGCCGCUGCCAAGAGCGCAGCCUCGGCACGGCGAUUAAAAUAACAGUGACGGGGACCGUGGCACCACAGUAACUCGGCGGCAGCAGCAGCAGGAGAAGCCGGUCCCGAAGAAGCGAUGUGGACAACAGGAAGAACAGAGCAAGGAUGAUAUCUGAAAUCAUGAAAUAGAACUUAAACCGACUUCGUUAAUCGAUGUGUUUUUUUUUUAUCUUUUCUGGAAUACGUGUAUAUGUUAACUGACAAAGAACUGCUCAUAUAUCAGGUAAAAAAAGCCGUUCAAAUGUCAACUUCGCAGAAGGGUCUUCGUCCGAAACGUUCGAUCGCUAUCUAGUGCCCUACUAAAAAGUCGGUGUCGAUCACGAACGCUGCGGGGUGUUUUUUCUUUUUUUAAAAGAGGAUUUAUAAAUAGACGUCACAAAGUGAAGGCAGAAUUCAUCGCAGCCCGGGCUACUGGAGCGAGCGCCGAGGACGAGAGCAGAGGGAGGGCGGUGAGGAAGACGAGAAACAAUCCCUGGAACGGCUUCCCGGAGGGUCAUGGCGAGCGGUCCUUCCUUUCCCUUCACAUCAUCCGCGCUCCGGGCCUUCAGGUCGCAGGAGCUAGAGGAGCAGCGCUGGGCUCUGAGGCAGCGGCGCGUCCCCUCCGUUAGCAGCCGGGUUCGGCAACAGCAGCAACAGCAGCAACAGCAGCAGAAGCAGCAACAGCAGCAAAACAAGCAAAGGCAGCAGGCGGCGACGGAGACGGCCAGGACUCCGUGGCGCGCCUCGCAAGAGGAGCGGCUGGUGUGCCGCGACGUCGUCGUUCAUCACGCGCUGUUCGCCGGGGAUUUGGCCCUCGUUCGCCGAAUCUUCAGGGAGCCCCUGGCUGCCAACGUGAUCGUGCAGUGUCCCGGCGACCCGCAGGUCACCACGGGUCCGCGAGCCUCGUGGAUGUGGCCGUGCCCCUCGCAGCUUGUGCUCACCACCCCGGCGCGCAUCGCCGCCAGCCGCGGUUACACCGACUGCCUGGAGCACCUGCUGCAGAGGGGCGCGAACCCGGACGCGAACCCGGGAGGAGACGCGGCCUUGCACGCCGCGUGCGAGACGGCGCAGGACGCGUGCGCGCGGCUCCUGCUCGAGUUCGGGGCCAACCCGAGCGCGUGCUCCGAGCGCGGACUCACGCCGCUGCACCACUGCACGUCGCCAGGGUCACUCGCAUGCGCGCGGCUGCUGUUGGAAUUCUCCGCCGACGUGAACGCGCAGUCGGAGGACGACGAGGAGGGAGACACCCCACUGCACGUGGCCGCGCGCCACGCGCUGCUCGAACACGCGCGCCUCUACCUGGCGCGGGGCGCGCACCCGGACGACGUGAACGCGCGCGGCCUCACGCCGCUCAUGCUCGUGUGCAUGCACCCGGGGGUCCCGGGAGACCCCGGCGCGCGCGUGCUCGCCGAGAUGGCGCGCGCGCUCGUGGCGGCGGGCGCGCGCGUCGACGCGCGCGACCCGGACUUGCUGACGCCGCUGCACGGCGCGUGCCGGGGCGCGCACGCUGCGCUCGCGCGCGUGCUCGUGGAGUGCGGCGCGCGCGUCAACGCGCUCGACUACAACGGCGUGGCGCCCCUGCAGAAGGUGCUUCAGGUGGCCGCUUACCGACGGGAGCACAAUCCUGAGGUCGUGGUGCAGGACCUCCUCAACCGAGGCUCCGUCAAGGUGUGGCCGGGCGCAUUCCACCGGGUGCUGGAGUCGUGCUCCGAGGCGGCGAACACCGUGGAGGUGCUGCUCAACGUCUACGGCAGAAUCAAGAUCACGCCCGCGUGGAGGCAGGCCAUCCCAGACGACACCUACCAGAGACACGCCGCCUUCUACGACUCCGUGUUCGCGCUGCAGGGGGCACCGCGUGCCCUGCAGCACCUGGCUCGCUGCGCCCUGCGCUCGUACCUGGACGCACGCUGCGCCGAAGUCGUCCCGCAGCUCCCGCUGCCCCCCAGGUUGCAGAGUUACUUGCUGCUGGAGCCCAUGGGUUACGUACACUAGAAGGGGAAAGGGUGGUGGUGGUGGCGGUGGAGACCUCUUCAGCGUGGAAAAGCAGCAGCAGCAGCUUUAGCAUGGCGAUCCGGCGCGGCACAGCGCCGUCUCGUGUUGGGGGCGACGAGACCAUGCCAGGAAUUCAUUUUCCCGACUCGAAAAAUAUUUCCGAUCAUGCCGCACCACGUCCAGUUUGGCUGGGGCCGAUAGUCACCUGCUGGUGAUUUCGAAAAGUGUAUUGGUUUAGCCAUGUUUGUUUGUUGUAGUACAGAGUUAGACUGAUGACCUUAAUGUAAGUUGUCUUGUGGUUGUUGUUGGUUGUUUGACUUGCAUCCCACUGGGAUUUGUGCACACAGCGUUGGUGUAUGGUGCUUUUUUUCUGGAAUUUUUUGCUGUCUUUUCUUGGAUUUUCUGUUUGCACUCAGUCACAUAGUCACUUUAAGAUGUUUUUUGUUAAUGUUUUUGUUUUUUGUUUGUUGCGGUUGCACCAGAUUCAAGAGCCGAAUGGCUCACAGGGCUAUACCUAAUACAUGAACUUGAACCAGCCAUUGUCUGCCAGCGACCCCGAAAACAUUGAGUGAGAAUCCAGGGCUGAAACGACUCCACCGGUGGAUCCACAGCGACAUGUUCCAUGACACGGCGCUCUGCUCACUGAAGGGAUUGAAAAUGAUGUCUCGUCAUCUCUCGACUAACUACAAGAGCACAAUGUUACUUAUAUAGCCGUUCGAAUGUAAAUAGGCGAUAAGCUGUGUGCACUGGCGGAGCCAGUCGGGGGGCGGGGGCUGGCACGGGCCCCCCCAAUGAUCCGAUCGAAAUCCCUAAUUUCGAUCGGAUCAUUGGGGUUUAUUUGUAACAAAUCGGCAUUUUGCGACCCCCACUGUCACUGUGUAGCAUAUUAUUACGUGCCAGGAACUCUAUGAGAUGAUAGGACAAUAGUCGGAGUCCAUAAUUGGCAAUAAGUAACGACAAAUCAGUUAUAAGUGACUCAGAAUUGUGUGCAGUUGCGUAUACAGUGCACGACUUCCCUGAAGGCAUUCAUUCACCUUCAGCGAGCGCGAUGCCGAUCACACAACGCGGUUCGAAUUCGAACCUCGAUCGAUGACUGCGCCAUCGCCGCACACGCGUCCUUACUUACUAACAACUCCUCUAUCAUUUCUCAUUACUGGAGGGGUUCCCCGCCUAUCUGAAAAUCCUGGCUUCGCCAUUGGCUGUGUGCGCAAGCUGCCCGAUUUUGCCUCGUGUAGACGCUCGUGGUUUUAAGGGACGGCUCUAGCCUCUAUAAACUGAACUAUUCUACGAGGCUGCGACUUGGAAAACAAUUAUGCUUACAAUCAAUAGCGCGUCACAUCACCGUCAGAGAUGGCGAUGGUGUGGAAGAGGCCUUACACCAGCAGCGGAUAGAUCAUGACUACUGAUGACGCCGAGAUGUUCCUGCUGAUUAAGGAUGAAAUUGAUGACUAAUACUGGUAGGAACCACCGGGUUCCACCAGCCCACAGGGGAUUAUUGAGUCCGUCCGUCCGUCGUGCAUCCAAAAAUG